AUGGCCGAACAAGUUACUGGAAAUACUGUCCCUCAGAGGGUCUCUCUCCAUCGCAAUUUUGCUUUUAAGGAUUAUUGCAUUAUUGCUGGUUUGACCUUGAUUUCGCUCCCUCUUGGUUUUUACUUUGGAAGGGGAAAUGGAAAGUUUGUGCAGAAGGCUACGAUGUAUACCACUGGACUCCUGGGUCUCGCUGGAGGUUAUUCCAUUGCCCUCGUAAAUACACGGAAGCGCAUUCUGGGUGAAUAAGCUGGUCAAGGAAAGCGUUCAUUCCAUACAAACUGUUUAGU